GCUCCAGGGCAAGGCGUACCACGGGCUGCUGGUGGCCGUAAACCCUUCCGUGGCUGAAAACCACGAGAUCGUGUCCAGCAUUAAGGAAAUGAUGACUGAGGCUUCUUUUUAUUUAUUCAAUGCUACACACGGAAGAGUCUAUUUUGGGAGUAUCAAAAUCUUAAUACCUGCAACAUGGAAAGCAAACACUUAUGCGAAGCCAAAACAAGAGCUAUACACAAAGGCAGAUGUCAUUGUUGCUCCUCCUUACUGGAAACAUGGACAUGAUCCAUAUACAUUACAGUAUGGAGGGUGUGGAGAAAAGGGGAAAUAUAUACAUUUCACCCCUGACUUCCUAGUAAAUGAUAGUUCAAUUGGAAUCUAUGGAUCACGCGGUAGACUUUUUGUCCAUGAAUGGGCCCACCUUCAGUGGGGGGUAUUUGAUGAAUAUGAUAGUGAAAAACCUUUCUACAUCUCAGGACAAAAUCAGGUUAAAGCAACAAGGUGUUCCUCUGAACUUACUGGAAUUUACGUCUGUGAGAAAGAAAGCUGCACCCAAGGCAACUGUGUCAUCGACCAAGGGACAGGACUUUUAAAGGAAGGAUGUGUUUUUAUGCACGAUAAGGAUCAAAAUGCAUCAUCUUCCAUAAUGUACAUGCAAAGCUUAUCUUCUGUCUUUGAAUUCUGUGAUGCAAGCAACCAUAAUACCGAAGCUCCCAGUCCUCAGAACAGAAUGUGCAGCUAUAAGAGCACUUGGGAUGUAAUCAGAAGCUCUGAUGACUUUAAAUUCAAUAUUCCUCUGAACAGCAGCAACUUCCCUUUGCCUCCCACUUUUUCAUUAUUACAGGCAACGGACAGAGUGAUCUGUUUAGUCUUGGAUUUUUCCAAUAGCAUGACUGAGAACAAUCGGCUCAACCGGAUGCGUCAGGCAGUGGAAGCAUAUCUACUGCAAAUUGUGGAAGAGAAUUCCUAUGUUGGGAUUGUCACUUUCAGUAACGUAGGAGAAGUCAAAUCUCAAAUCCAACAAAUAAUCAGUGCCAAUGUACGGAAGCAGCUUGCGUCAGACUUGCCGGUUGCCUCAUUUGGUAAAAAGACAAAUGUUUGCGCUGGAUUAAAGCUGGCCUUGGAGGUACUUAAAAAUCAUGAUGGAAAUGCUUCUGGCUCUGAAAUCAUAUUACUGACCAGUGGAGGAGACAGCACAUUAAACAAGUGUUUUUCUGAUGUUGUCAACGUUGGCCUAAUGGUUCAUACCAUUGUUCUGGGACAAUCUGCCUCCAGAGAACUGGAAAAACUGGGAAGAAUGACAGGAGGCCUGACAUUUUUUGCCAGCGAUAGACCGGACUCCAACAGCCUAAUAGAAGCCUUCACAGCCAUUGUUGCAGGUCAUGGAGAUACCAGCCACCAGCCUGUCCAGAUUGAAAGUGCUGCUGAACGGGUGAAUGGCAACAGCCAGAUUAACAGGACAACCACAAUUGACAGCACAGUGGGAAAGGACACAUUCUUCCUAGUCACAUGGCAGACAAAGGAACCUGCCAUCAAUCUUCGUGACCCCAGAGGAAAAAGCUAUACCAUUGGAAAUUUUAACAUUGACCCCAUUUUGCACAUCGCUCGUCUGCAGAUUCCAGAGAUAGCAGAGGUUGGGGAUUGGACAUACACACUCACUAACACUCACCCAUUCCCAGAUGUCUUCACAAUGACCGUGACUUCUCGAGCCGUAAAGCCUGAUGUGCCUGCCAUCUCUGUGAGAGUCCACACAAAUAAAGAUACAAACCUGUACCCUAGCCCAGUGAUCGUGUACGCACAGGUUAAUCAAGGCUUUUCUCCCAUCCUUGGGGCAAAUGUCACUGCUGUUAUUGAGCCAGAGGAUGGGGACCCAAUUAUCUUGGACCUUUUCGACAGUGGUGCAGGUGCAGAUAUUAUAAAAAAUGAUGGCGUAUAUUCUAAAUACUUGUUUUCUUUCACGAGGAAUGGAAGAUAUAGUUUGAAAGUGCAUGUUCAGAGAGACAAUAAGGCCAUUGGUGCAUACCCUGCGACGUUAUGGAGUCAUGCCAUGUACAUUCCUGGCUACAUAACAAAUGGUACAAUCCAGAUGAAUGCACCGAGGCCACUGAUGAAUAACGAAGAUACGCAGCUCAGAUCAGGGAGCUUCAGCAGAAUAGCUUCAGGAUGCACUUUCAUGGUAUCUGCGAUUCCCACUGUCCCCUCUACUGAUGUGUUCCCACCAUGCAAAAUUAUUGAUCUUGAUGCUGGAACAGAAGAUGAUAAAGUUGUUUUAACCUGGACGGCACCCGGGGAUGACUUUGAUCAAGGACAAGCUGGAAAUUAUGACAUCAGAACAAGUGAAAGUCCCCUGGAAUUGAGAGACAAUUUUGAAAUGGCUGCAUCCAUAAAUACCUCUAUCCUGACUCCUCAGCGGGCUGGCUCCAAGGAAGCAUUUGUGUUUAAACCAGAAGCUUUCACAAACAUGUCUCUCAUUUAUGUUGCUAUUCGCACAACUGAUAAAGCCUUCCUGUACUCUGACGUAUCCAACAUAGCACAGGCAGUUAUUCUCCUCCAGAACGACAGGCGUGUUGCUCCUGCCAAGUAUAGCGCUUUAGCAAUAGUUCUGACUACAUGUGGGUUGUUGUCCCUGGUUGCUUCUUGCCUUAUUCUAAGCACAGGUCUAUGGACUUUAAAGAAAAGAAAGAAAGAGUCAGUUGAAGAUGCACUAUGACACUCAGAUGUAUUAUUCUGUUUAGGUUUUUGUGUGUUUUUAAGUGGGAAUAAAUAUACAGAUAUGCAUUUCUUAAUUAUGGAGGAAGAAUGGGAUAGAUGUACAUCAUUACCCUCUUUCACACAAUGUAGAAGAUGCAACUUGGCAGAUUUGUUAUUUGUCUAUGGGUAGCAAAUAGUAAAAAAAUCCAAAAUUAGAA